AUGGCUACUGGGAAAACAGAAAAGGCCCGUCGGGUGCGCCAGAACGACUUGCGGGAUGGUAACCUCAGAGUCAAGGGAGAAAACUUCUACAGAGAUGCAAAGAAGGUGAAGCAUCUGAACAUGUACAAAGAGGGCAAGGCCGUGAGAAAUGCCAAGGGAGAAGUUAUCAAGGCAGCCUACUUGCAGGACACAAAGGCCCCAACGGCCAGAGUGGACCCGAACAGACGGUGGUUUGGUAACACCAGAGUGAUUGCGCAAGACGCUCUGACGCAUUUCAGAGAGGCCAUGGGCGACAAGAAGGACGACUCGUACACCGUGCUGCUGAAAAGAAACAAGCUGCCUAUGUCGCUCUUGGACGAAAAGGACACGAACGAAUCUCCGAGCGCGCGUAUUUUGGAAACGGAGUCGUUCGAGCACACUUUUGGCCCUAAGGCCCAGCGCAAGAAGCCUACCACAGUGGCUUCCUCUCUGGAAGAGCUGGCUCAGCUCACCUCUGCCGAACAGACGCAGUACGAGGAGAAACAGGAGCUCAAGCCCACGCUGGGGCUUAUGGGAGGUAUCGACACCGACGAAUUCAGCGCGGAGGCCAAGGAGUUCAUUUUUUCCAAGGGCCAGUCCAAGAGAAUCUGGAACGAACUGUACAAAGUGAUCGACUCGUCGGACGUGGUUAUCCACGUGCUGGACGCGCUUGAAGGAGUCUUAGACACCGGCUUCUUCGUAGUAAAAGGCCCGACAUUCAAACGUGCUUCUCUCGUUUUACUAACUGUUCAGGCGGCGUGGGUGAAACACCUGUCCAAAGACUAUCCAACUCUGGCGUUCCAUGCCAGCAUCACCAACUCGUUCGGUAAAGGAUCACUGAUCCAGCUGCUGCGUCAGUUUUCCGUCCUCCACCAGGAUAGAAAACAGAUCAGUGUUGGUUUCAUAGGGUAUCCAAACACGGGAAAGUCCAGCAUCAUCAACACGUUGAGGCGCAAGAAGGUGUGCACGGUGGCUCCUAUCCCGGGAGAAACCAAGGUGUGGCAGUACAUUACGUUGAUGAAGCGAAUCUUUUUGAUCGACUGUCCGGGAAUUGUGCCUCCGUCCACGAAAGACACCGAGGCAGACAUUCUGUUCCGCGGUGUUGUGCGCGUGGAGCACGUUUCGAACCCAGAACAGUUUAUUCCGGACCUUCUGGCCAAGUGCGAACGCAAACAUCUGGAGAGAACGUACGAGAUCAAGGGUUGGAAAAACGCGACGGAAUUUAUUGAGCUGUUGGCGCGCAAGCACGGAAGACUGCUGAAAGGGGGCGAGCCCGACGAGAGCGGAGUGGCCAAGCAGGUGAUUGCCGACUUCAACAGAGGAAAGAUUCCGUGGUUUGUGCCGCCUCCAGAGGACACCGAGGAGCGCACGGGAGUGGACAAAAAGGCAGCGUACAAAAGAAAGCGGGCGGAGCGUGAGGAGCGCGCCGUGGCAGAGCAGCAGGCGGAGUACGAAGCCGAGCAGGAGGACGACCUGCUGCCAAAGAAGCAGCGAACCGAAUAG